AGCCACCGCCCGGAAGUGCGUGACGGAUGACGUCACACAGGAGGAGGAAGCAGAAGUCGACAGCUAAGAUGGCGGAGGAGCAGCAGGAAUCAUCACAGGGAGAGAUGGUGGGUGAGGGAAACCGUAAUAGCGGAAAAUAUACCGAGAAAACAGGAGUGAACUGCCUCGCAUAUGACGAGGCCAUAAUUGCUCAGCAGGACAGAAUUCAGCAGGAGAUCGCCAACAGUAACCCUUUAGUGUCGGACAGACAGGACCUGUCAGUGCUGCAGAGGGAGUAUGCUGAUGAUGACACAAUUUAUCAGCUCAAGAUCAAGGACCUACACAAAAAAUACUCGUACAUCCGUAAGACGCGACCUGAUGGCAACUGUUUCUACAGAGCCUUUGGUUUCGCACAUCUCGAGUCCCUGCUAGAUGACAGCAAAGAACUUCAGAAGUUCAAAGCAGUUGCAUCAAAAAGUAAACUGGACCUGGUCAAUGAAGGCUUCACUGAGUUCACCAUUGAAGACUUCCACAAUACUUUCAUGGAUCUGAUCGAACUGUGUGAGAAACAGCCAAGCCUGCAGGAGCUGCUGAGCUCCUUCAACGACCAGAAUGUGUCAGACUACGUGGUCGUGUACCUGCGGCUGCUCACCUCGGGCUACCUGCAGCGAGAGUAUGGCUUCUUCCAGCAUUUCAUAGAGGGAGGACGCUCUGUGAAGGAGUUCUGUCAGCAGGAGGUAGAGCCAAUGUCUAAAGAAAGUGACCACAUUCACAUCAUCGCCUUAGCCCAGGCCCUGAACGUAUCCAUCCUGGUGGAGUACAUGGAUAGAGGAGAAGGUGGAACAGUCAAUCAUCAUGUCUUCCCCGAAGGCGGCGACCCACGCAUCUUCCUCCUCUACAGACCCGGCCAUUAUGACAUCUUGUACAAAUAACACUCCUGGCCACAGCCCACCUCCUCCUCCUCCUCCUGCUGUACGCUGCAGCAGCGGGUCGAAAACACAAAUUAUUAAAAAAAAAACGACGGCCACGUUGAUGAAUCAUACAUCUGUGUAUGAGAUUACACUUACACUCAUGUAUUUGAAAAAAAUAAAAAUAAAAAUCACAUUACAUGCCUCCCUUACCCCCUUCGCCCCAAGCUCCCAAGUUUUCUCCCUCAGUCAUCACAAAAUGGUUAAUGAAAAAAAAAAAAGAAUCUUUGGAAACAAAUAGAAGUGACUCCAGGCAUUUAGAGUUGUACAGGUUUUUUUGUGGUUGUAAAUGUUAUCUACUUGCUUUAUGUUGGAUUCUUUUCCUUUGUUACACUGCGUUUCAUUGAGUUUUAUUAAAGGGAUUUACAUCUUA